UAUUCACUUCGCGGGGAAGGCUGAAUAUUAAGGGACAUUAAAGUAAAAAGUGGCCCUGGCUGGUGCUUAACAAAAGUACCACUAUUAUUCACGUAAAUGACAAGCAGAUCGCUGGGGGUCAGAGUGGGGGAGGAGAGGACAAUGCUACAGAGCCACUGCAUGAUGGGGUGGAGGUGAGGCGAUUCCCGGAGGAUGGAGGGCGUAGCCGAAUACAUCCUCCCUACCAAAACGAAAUACGUCGGAGAAAUGAAGGACGGCAUGUUUCAUGGCCAAGGAACCCUGUACUUCUCCAGCGGGAGCCGCCAUGAUGCCAUUUGGGAAAAGGGACUGGUCGUGAAGGGCACGUACACCUUCUCGGACGGGCUGCAGUUCGACGCCCAGCACUGGCAUUACUGCGACAGCUGCGAUCGCAGGUUUUACACCGAGAUCUGCCAUGGCUUGAAGCCUGCAGGUAUCUCUCAACUCACCGACAUGGACCCACCUAGAAAAAUCCCUCAGGGCUGUUAUGACUGUGGAGAUGGCUUCUAUAACCCGGCCACGAGGAUAGUCAAGGACGAUAGGAACCGCUUUCUGAGAAAUGCAGCUCUUCCUCUUCCCCUGCAGAUGAUGAUGAGCACGAGUGGAUCAUCAGGACGUGUCGCAAGGGAUGGGACGAGAUUGUGGGUCACCGACCCAAACUGUGAGCUCGGCUGGCGGAGGUUUCCUCUAGACUGUUGGCCGUGGCCAUGGCCGGCCCUGGGGGCAGCCUGCAGUUCCAGACCCUGGCUUUUAACUCAGGAAUAAAGCCUUUCUGCUCUGA